AUGCCUGCUGAUGAGCUCGCCGACCUUCUAGAAACACUAGCAACAAGUGAUUUUAAUUAUGCGGCAUAUAUAAAAGAGAUAUCAUUUGAUGUUUUAUGGAACAAUGAUGUCACCUGGACUAGAACACAAGAUAAAGUGGCUUCUCAGCUCAAAUUUGACACGGGAUGUGGGAGGUUUUUCAGCACUCUCCUCUUAGCAGCGCUUAAGAAGGUUGUGGCCCUAGAAACAUUCCGUUGGGAUGUUAAAGUGCAUCUCACACCGUCAAUCUUUGCUACCCUAGGGAAAUUCUCUAGCCUGCAGGAUUUGUAUGUCAGAAUGCACAUUGGUCCAUCCAUCUCUGGCGCAAAUAAUAGCAACUUUGGACAGUCCUGGGUCCCAGCUCCUGUACCGGUUCCACAGCAGCAACCGCCACCAACCAUUGUGGGUAGUGCACACCCUCAUCCCCAUGGCCCUCCGCCUUCUACUACAUUACCCGUCGUUACUACUAGGCGUGCUCCCAGGUCUAGGCUACCGAUUUGGGAUGGAACUUUUAGCCAUAUUCAAAAGCUCAAAAGCUUGGCUAUUCUCGAUAUGGAAUGUCUUGGAUACCUAAACGAGAUUGCUUGUUGUGUUUCAGCCUCCUCUACGACGCUUAAGACACUAAAAUUGUCAUUCUCCGAGAGGCUUGCUGCGAAAGCCCAGAAGAAAGCUGUUGUGGAGAAUUCCGACACGGAAUCCGAUACUCAAGAUGACGACAUAUAUGAGCCCGAUGAUGCCGCACCACCUCCGCCACCAGCUACAGUAUUUCCGUCCAUAAUCCCAACUACUUCUACAUCAAAUCCCAAUAACGAUGCCAAGGUUCGAAAUGAGCGGCUCAUGCAGGAGAAGACCCUUUCGCGGAUUUUCAGCCUAGAAAAUGAGGCUUCAAUGCAUAAGUUAGUUCAUAAAAUUGUCUACAGUAGCAAUGCAGCCGCGCACGACCAGAAACUUGUUGCAGACAAAACAACUAACUCCCCCGACAAAACAUUCAUGUUUGAGCUACAUGGCAUUGUGACCGACCUGCAUCUAGGAAAAGCCACUCUUACACCUGGCCUAAACGCCAUGAAGACAGUUGAAAGAGUACAAAAUGCCACAUCCAAGUUUCUUAAAACCUGGGGCGAUUCACAACUGUCUCAGAAAUUAUCCGCUUUUCAAAUAGAGCUCUUAGAAAAGCAUGCAUUAUCGUUGGAGAAGAAAGGUAGUAUCGCCUUUGCUGCCGAACCAAGUCCGACUGAUGUCACCCUUGCAAAGGACUUUGGACUAACCGCUCAAAGCUCGGACAUUGAUCCUGACGAGCAGAAUAGCUCAAACUCAGAUAAUCCUGUCAGCCAAGAGACUACCAGUGCAUCAGCUUCCGCGCACUUAAUUGAACAACCUAAUAGCUCGGAAGUAGCUACCCGCGGCUUCACCUUUUCAAUUCCCGCGAAAAAUGAAAAUGAACUCGAAAGGCGCAUGAUGGCCAUCGUGGACAUGGAACAUCCAGAUAACCUAAGCGAAGGGGAAGACCAAGAAUUUCUUGAUCCCAGAGAGAUUGCAGUUCAAAGAAACGACCGGGCCCCUGAAGACGUCAAUGGCUGGCCUGGAAGCACUGAAGAACGGGACCUCCAAUCUUCCAUCAAGGGGAAGGAGCCAAUACGCGGCCCGCAUGAAUCUCCUGCAAAUGCGAAAUUUGAUAGCUCUCGAGAAUUUGGUACAAUGUCAACUGAGCAAGCGAUCCAAGAGUACAUUCGUCUAAACCACGGGAUCGCACUCGAAAGCCUCUCAAUUCAGCUAAUUCCGCUCAAAACGUCAGUUAUCUGCCGGGCGAUAAACAUUUGGUCAUUAAAGCACAUUUCCCUUUUAAACGUCGGACCUCAGCGAGCCUUCUGGGCAACAUUGAUGCAGCUUAAUAAAUCGAAUCCUCUUCAAAUUUCUUCAAUUCACUCGGAUAACGUUACGCUGCAACUGUUGGCGUUUAUAGGCUCCCUAGAUUUUGUGGACGAGUUGUUCCUCAUAGAGCGAAAGGCUAGUCCAGUAUCAGACCCUCCAGCACCGAAACCUCCUAUCCGCAUCUCGCAUAUUUAUUCGUUGGCGUUAGAGACGCAUAUGAAGCAUUUGAAACGACUUAUGAUUCGAAAUGAUGUUGACUCAAGUUGGAAUCUUGACCGCUGGAAUACUAGAUGUAUUACAACAAAUGGUUCAAACCUUGUUGAACUUGUUGUAGCUGUAGAUUCUGCGCAUUUCGUGAGUGAAAUUUGUCAAAUCGUGCCUAAUAGCCACUAA